CUCGCCCUUCUUCCGGUACACCUGACGCCUGCGCAGCCGGUCCGCCGGGGCCGCCCGCUUGUGGCAGUGACGGUUGGCUAGUUGAUUUCGCUCGGGGGUGCCGCGCCUUCUCUGGGCAUUGCACCCUCGGACCGUGGCGUGCGUGGAUCUCCCCGAGUUCUUCGAAUCGAGAGCCCGUGAGCAGCCAGCCAGCCGGCCGCGAUGUCCAUCUUCACCCCCACCAACCAGAUCCGCCUCACCAAUGUGGCGGUGGUCCGGAUGAAGCGCGCGGGGAAGCGCUUCGAGAUCGCCUGCUACAAGAACAAGGUCGUGGGCUGGCGGAGCGGCGUGGAAAAAGACCUCGAUGAAGUUCUGCAGACACACUCAGUGUUUGUAAACGUUUCUAAAGGUCAGGUGGCAAAGAAGGAAGAUCUUGUCAGUGCAUUUGGAACAGAUGACCAGACUGAAAUCUGUAAGCAGAUUUUGACUAAAGGUGAAGUUCAAGUAUCAGAUAAAGAAAGGCACACCCAGCUGGAGCAGAUGUUCAGGGACAUUGCAACUAUUGUGGCUGACAAGUGUGUGAACCCUGAAACAAAGAGACCGUAUACUGUCAUCCUUAUUGAGAGAGCUAUGAAAGACAUCCACUAUUCAGUCAAAACCAACAAGAGCACCAAACAGCAGGCUUUAGAAGUAAUAAAGCAGUUAAAGGACAAAAUGAAGAUAGAACGUGCUCACAUGAGACUUCGUUUUAUUCUCCCACUGAAUGAAGGGAAGAAGCUGAAAGAAAAACUCAAGCCACUGAUCAAGGUGGUAGAAAGUGAAGACUACAGCCAGCAGUUAGAAAUUGUGUGUCUCAUUGACCCUGGCUGCUUCAGAGAAAUUGACGAGCUAAUAAAAAAGGAGACAAGAGGCAAAGGUUCUUUGGAAGUACUCAAUUUGAAAGAUGUGGAAGAAGGAGAUGAGAAGUUCGAAUAACAUCAGUCUGUUUCUUCAGAUUUCUAACACUAAAGCAUUUUCAUGUCCCACAGUCCUUUCUAUGGUCUGCCAAAAUAUUUGCUCACAGUUGGCUUUUGCUAUCUGUGUGUUGAACAUGCACACAGAAAGACUUUCCUAAAAAAAUAAUAGGUAUUACAAUGUACAAUUUUCAUUUUACAAAUUGGAUUUUAACCAAAAGUGAAAUUCAGUGUACAAAAUGCAGAGCAGUAUUUAGCUUAUGUUUAUUCCCUUGAAGCUUU